AUGGAGCUGCCGCCGGUGCCGCCUGAAUUUGAUGCUCUUGCGGAUGACUUUAUUUCUGCACUCGGCCCCAAUGAGGAGCGGUCGAGAGUUCGGGCGGAGGCAUUUGAGCACCUCCGCGCUGCCAUUCUCGAGGCCUUCACAGAUUUUAGGGUCCUGUGGCGGCAGCAGCAGGAAUUACAGGAACAGCAGAGAGAGCAGCAUCUCUUGCGGCAGCACCAUCAGCAGAACCCGCCCACGCGCGGCGGAGAACAGCAGGAGCAGCAGGAGCAGAAGCUUUUAUCUCCGCUGGAGCAGUUGCGAAAGGAGAAGCAGCCACAGGCGACGCUGUGGGAAGGGCAGCACAAUGUGGCGCAGCAACCGGGGGAGCAGCAGCAGGAUGGAAAGCAGGAAGAUGAUGCUGCGACGGGAAGUCAUGAACAAGUGCCUUCUAGCAGGCGACAGUUUUUGGGAGCAGAUACAGUACUGCUCCCACCGGAGGUCCUGAUGCAUGACCAUGAUCAAGAAAAGAAGCAGGAGCAGCAAAGGGGAGCUCAGCAACAACAGCAGCAGCAGGAGCACGACAAGCGUCUCUAUAGAGGAACUUCAACUUGCUGCAGGGCCCGCACGGACUCGCCCUCUUCUUUUUUCUCGGUGUCUUCAUCUCCUUCGCCCACCGCAACGGGAGCAACGCUAACGGGAGCUGCUGCAAAGGCAGGAGCAACAGCACCUGAGUGGCGCCCAACGCCGUCAUCCAGUCUAGAGUUUGAGAAGGCAACAGUGCUUCCCUCUUCGUUUCAUGCAUCAGCAGAUGACCCCAACAGUAGGAGUAGCAGUUCAGGCCUUGGCGUCAGCAGAGUGGCAGGCAACAGCAGCGGGUGUAACACAUCGGGCAACGGCGCAAGUAACAGCAGCAGCAACAAUGGCAGCACAAGUAGCAAUAGCAGCAGCAGCAGUAAUAGUAGCACUACUAGCUCAAGCGGAGCCAGCAGCAGUGUGCGGUGUUUAUCGGACAUAUGUGUGGCUGUUCUGCGUUACGGUUCUUUUCCGUUACUCACUUACCUGCCCGACGGAGAUUUGGAUGUGGGAGUUAUAACAUUUUCUCCAGAGACAGGGGUGGUAGAAGGCGAAGAAGAAAGCGAAGCUUUUCUGGUUUAUCUCCACCUCAGAUUUAGACGAGGUGACCUGAAGGUCGAAUCACAGGGGGAGAGCUCAGACCCCCCCUGCGGGGAUCCAGUAGGAUCCGGGGGCCCUCGGGGCUCUGGGACACGGGGCUCCAGAGGGCCUCGCAUUCGCAAUGUCCACUUGGUAAAGGCAGACGUGAAGAUUUUGAAGCUUGAAGUUGACAGUCUGGCUGUGGAUUUGUCGGUGAACAAGGUAGGAGGCUGUUGUUCAUUAGCCCUUCUGGAACUCCUCGAUCGCCGCAUUGGGCGCUUUCACCUCUUUAAGCGUUCGGUGAUCCUCGUUAAGGCCUGGAUGGCGUACGAGAGCCAUUUACUGGGUAGUCGAUCCGGCCUCCUGGCAUCCUACUGCCUGGAGGUACUGGUGUUGCAUCUCUUUUCCUGUCUCCCGCCAUCAAAGCUUCGAAGCCCCCUUCAGGUCUUGCAGGCUUUCCUCUCCUACUUUUCUAGCUUUGAUUGGGCAGCCUUUGCUGCGACUGCGGCGGGGCCUCUCCCUUUGUGGCUUUUGCGCCUAGCGAACCAGCAGCAGCAGCAGCAAUUAUUGCUGCUACAGAAGCUGCAGCAGCAGGGGUGUGAACCUCAGCAGCAACAGCUGCAGCUUCAGCAGAUGCCGUUCUUGAAUGAGCUGUUGGAGAUAUCAGAGCAGAGCAGCGGUAGCCAGAGAGACGGAGAUCCGCGACUCGAGCGUCUGGCCUUCGUCUCGCAGCACAUUCACCCCGAGAGGGGAUUCUCGAGGGAGAUUGUCACAAUACACGUUUGCAAGUGUAUCGCGAACUUUGCCUUUGUAGAAGAAUGCAGAAGACGGUUCCGCAUGUGCUACGGAGGCAUGGGGGGCCCGUCACGUUUUUCAGGGACUUCCCGGAGUGGGCAGGCCUUUGGCUGGCCGGAACCCAACUCCCCCACUGCGUUCCACAGCAGCAGUAGCAGCAGUGGCAGUGGGCGCGUCAGCGCCCCGACGACUCCCAUGAGCCGGUGGUCUCAGCAGAGCGGGCGGGGCACUGGGAGCCCAUGUGUUCCUCCUUACCAUUCGCGCCCGGCGCCUCGUUCUGGUGGUGCUGGAGGCUUCACACUUCGGUGUAUCAAUGUAGUGGAUCCACUGUUGAAUACAAACAAUUUGGGGCGGAGUGUUAGUGAGCCUGCUUUCAUUAGGCUCGUGGAUGCUCUAAAGAGGGGGCAUGCCACUCUCACCGCAGUGCUGCAGCGGGGCGACAAAGGAGCCUUCCAGUCCCUGGUGUUCAAAAACAGUUAUAGCUAUCUGCAGCGACUUCGACACGAACAGGCCCAAGAGCCACUGAUCAAGCCGCUCAUCCUCCUCCGGCUCAACAGAGGACCCUCCCAGUACCCUCGGGUGGCCCUUGAAGAUGACAGGGUACCUUGCCCUACUAGGGACCCGUAUGCAGAGUUUCUAAAAUGUCUUCAUUCGAAAACAGGGGCACCGUUGGAAUUGGGUGAAGCGCAGAGUCCUUCGGGACAGUGUGUGCAUUCGGAAUUGUCGUCACGAGGCCCUCAGGGGGUUACCAGCUCGGCAGAGUCGCAAGGCAAAAUAUCAGAGGGUGCCGAAGAUGGACAACACACUGACGGGGGCGGGAAGGAAGGGCUUAUUAGGUCCCCGGAAUUCGAGGAGCCCGCACGUUGCCCUCGCGCAGCGGCAAAUCACUCACCAGGCCAGCAAGAGCAGCAACAGCACCAGCAGCAUCAACGCCAAGAUCAAUCAGGGCACAACAUUAAUUUGCAGCUAGCUGACGAGGAGUUAAGAGGUCUGUUGGCGCUUUGCCAGCUUUUGUGCAAGACACCAGGGGAGGGGAACAAUUCUGGGGUCUCUCCAGCAGCGGCACGUAACGGGGGGGCCCACCACGCGUGUGCAUCUCUAAACGCGUUCGGGUCGCGUCUUUGCAUUUGUAGCCAUCAGAAUGCUACCCCUGCAACAGUAGCAGAGGAGUGUGCUGUUCCUCCGUCAAGCAGCAGUGAAGCAUCGGCUGGGAUGGCGGAAGAAGCUUGGGUCGGGGGCUCGACAGGGCAGACGCCGGGUCUUUCUGAGGCAACGCUACUUCCUAUCGAGGCAGCAGCUGCAGCGGAAGCAGCCAUUACAAUUCAGAUCCUCCUUCCAUAUUGCACCAGAGGGUGUAGGCGAAACAGCAGCGCUGGCAGUUAUGCCAACGAUGUGAGGACCGCUGGCGGCCCACCGUCUAUAGGAUCACCUAGGAGUGCUUGUAGUCUAGGGCGCACCUCGUGGGACACUCGGGGAGGAGGGCAUAGGAUGGGAGGGGAGGGGGUUCCACGAGGCUCCAGAGGUUCUUACAACGACCGCCUGAGGAGAGCCCACCCUUUUUCCCUCAUGCGUCAUAGGGCUGGCGGGGGGAGGAAUUCCCUGCAGCAUCAGCAGCAGCAACACCUCCUCUUGCAGCAUCUGCAGCAUCAUCACCCCAUGCAUGCACUCCCUCCAAGUCGAGACCCGUACUGGCAAUCGGCGCGGCCAUUCGCAACCCAGGGGACGUUGAUUGGAGCUCCCUUGGAGGGGCCGUCGCCGGCUACAGCAGCGGCCCCCCAGGGGCCCAGUGGCGUGUCUCAUUGGCGUGGAGAAGAUAGUAACUCGCCUUCUAUUGUUGGUGCACCUGCUGGAGAGGGAUCCCCGGCUGGAGGAGUUGGUAGGAGACGUGCGCAUGGAGGAGUUGCCCGUCAAGGGUGCCAGGGGAGCGCCGGCAGCUCUGCCAUCUAUCAACAGGGCCGCCAUAUCACAGCAUUUUCGCCAAUGGUUAUAGCAAGGGGGCAGCCACCGCAGCACGGCCGAGGGUACGCCUCGAAUUCAGGUGUUGGGAUGCCCCGUCCCAUGGAGUCAAAAGAAGCAGCAGGACUGCCGAGGAAGUCUCUUGGAUGGAACCAGUACGUUCCUUUGGGGGGACCUGGUGAGCUGCAGCGCGAUCAGACUGCCACCAGGCAUGCUGUGGUUUUUAAUGAGGAGCGGAGAUGCAGUAGUAACAGCAGCAACAGCAGCAUCAAGAGCAGCGUCGCCGACUCCAGAGUUCCCAGAGAACGGUGUGAGGGACCUGUUGCUUCAAGACUCGGACAGCAGCAGCUGCUGCAUCAGCAAGAUUCUCCGACCACGGGGGGCUCCCACGUUGCACCACUGAGUGGGCAACAACGGCCCGCAAGUCCUCCUACACCUACAGGGAAGCAGCAGGACCAGCAACAACGGCACCGUGGAGGGAACCGUGUUGAGCAAGGGGAUGUCCGGGCCUCUGUUGCUAGCGACAUCUCGGAAGAUGUGGGGGAGAGCGGGCCGACCAGGAGUGUCCGUAGGCGCUCUGGUGACUGGACCUUCAAUGCAGUUGCCAGCAGCAACAGCAGCAGGAGCGUGCAAGCUGCAGGCAUCAGAACACCUCACAGGGUUCCACAGCAGCAAGCUGAUGCUCAAACACCGCAGUGGGGGAAUGAAGGCGGUGUGUCAGGGACUCCGCCCACCCCGAGCAGCUGGUCGCGCCAGCAUCAGCUGCAGCAGGGAGGGAGCCACCCCCGUGGUGGCAUUUCGCUCCCCUUAAGGAACACCAGAGGAGGGGCCAAUAAUGCGGUGCUGCAGGGUUUGGGGUUGCAUGUGGCGACACCUUCUGCUGCCCCGAGUAGAGUUGCUCGCUUUCGCGAUUCCGGCCCAAGACACGGGGGGACCCCAGGGGGUCCUACAUGGAACAUCCCAGAACCGCCUCAACAACCCCCGCCACCGCCCCCUCCUCCGCCUGUCACUCCGAGUGGGGCGUUGACAGGCGUAGAAGCUCAGGCGGAAGGUCCUCGAGGGCCUACGCAUAGGCGUAACUGGGCUGCUGUUGUAGGGGCUCCCGCUUCUGGAGUGUCGACUUCUAGCGGGGGCGCUCGAGCCCGGGGCAUCCCUGCUUCCCCGCCUGCAGCAACAACAGCAGCUUCUGGUGCUGCUCCUCCUGCAGUCCCCCGCCCGGCCUCGGCUGCAGCUGGGCCAUCAUCGCCGUCUGUCUCAAGAGAAAAUAUUUCCCAGAAAUCCUCCUCAGAAGGGCAUGCCCGCAUCGGGGGUUCAACGGAUGACGCUGUAGAGGCUUCGUCGGCAGCAACAGCAACGGCAGGAACACUAGGAGCUUCUGUAGAGGGCUGUUCGCAACAUUCUGAAUGCCCAUUACCAUCCAGGGGAUCUGCGGAGGUCAGGAAAUCGACGCCUCAGUGGGGUACACCGUCUAAUGUUGGGGCAUCUGCUCAAUACCCUCAGAGCAAAGCAGCAACUUCUAAGUGGGCAGGUGGUGGCCCCUCGGGUGGCUCGCGUGCGGCCUUUUGGGGACCUCGCACAAGCACGCAAAGCGCAGAUGGGACCUCUGGGUUGCCGGAGCAGGCGCAGCAACAGCAGUGGGAUGGUUCAUCUACACCGCCUUCGAGAGGCCACUCCUGGGCAGGCGACUCAACUGGACUCUGGCGACCGGGGCCUCCUUCCUCUGCGGACCUAUCGGGUGGAGGGAUCGCCGCUGACGGGCGUUCUCAUCCGCCUUGGGGGCAGUCUGCGUCCCCUAUUCCAGAGCGAGGCCUUCCAGCAAAACAACGGGAGACUCCAUCUUUAACCGGCGAUUUGCUCUCCCUUAAACUGGAGGAUAUAGCGCUCCUCAGCGCAGCUGACAAGGCGAAGGCCUUGCUUGUGGCCAAGCAGCAAGUCGCAGUCCUGCAGGAUGAGGCGGAAUGGCGGCUGCUGCUUCAACAACAGCAGACACACCAGGAGGAUGCGGAGGCCACAGCUGACGGGCAGCAAAGACCCACCCAGACAGACAGCUUAGAAAGCAUCAACGAAACACGAAAUUUGGGUGCCGGAGUGGUGAACUCCACGGGUCAAAAGACUGGCCCUAGAGCUGCCGAAGGGGCAGCAACCAGCGCGGCAGACAUUCCAUCUUAA